ACACACACACAUACGCGGCCUCUCUCGUACUCCGCCUGAGUCGUCACUUCAGUGUACCAGCUUAAAGCGCGUACGCCGGGUGCGUUUCGCUGUUGUUAUCGAAUGCCAGGCGGCCACGGUGCGCGUGUGCUUUCAUUUACGCUCGCUGUCUGCGUGCCGAGUGGCCGUACUGAGUGUAACAACCCGGUGUGCGUGUGCGUUUUUUGCUCGCGUGCGACCGACCCCGGACCCGUUUUCGACGAGACCACCCCGGCUGUGGACCCGUCGUCCACCGGGUGAUGUGAACAGCCGCCAAUCGUUGCCGUCGUGGUCUUCGUGGUUCUACGACACGAGCCGCUCAUCGAGAACAGCGGGGCGGCCAGGCGUCGCGGGCACGAUGACACCGCAGUACGCACGGAGACGCGUGGACCGACGGCGUCGUCGACGGUGAUACCCCGGUCAUUACUCCGCGCAGCAUGGCCUCGGUGGCCGCUUGGCUACCGUUCGCCCGAGCGGCCGCCAUCGGUUGGGUGCCGAUCGCCACGCACCCACUGCCGCCGGCGCCGGUGCCGAAAGAUCAGCGGAAAAUCGACGACGAGAAGCUGCUGAUCAACGUGUCGGGACGUCGGUUCGAGACGUGGCGGAACACGGUAGAAAAGUACCCGGACACAUUGUUAGGCUCCAACGAACGCGAGUUCUUCUACGACGAAGAUUGCAGAGAGUACUUCUUCGACCGGGACCCGGACAUAUUCCGGCACAUACUCAACUACUAUCGAACCGGCAAGUUGCAUUAUCCCAAGCACGAGUGCUUGACCAGUUACGACGAGGAACUGGCGUUCUUCGGUAUACUGCCCGACGUGAUCGGAGACUGUUGUUACGAGGACUACCGGGACAGGAAGCGGGAGAACGCUGAAAGGCUGAUGGACGACAAGCUCUCGGAAAACAGCGACCAGAAUCUGCCGCAGCUCACCAACUUGAGACAGAAGAUGUGGCGGGCAUUCGGAAACCCGCACACGUCCACCGCCGCCCUCGUGUUCUACUACGUCACCGGGUUCUUUAUCGCCGUCUCCGUCAUGGCCAACGUCGUAGAAACGGUGCCGUGCGGCCAUCGGCCCGGUCGAGUGGGCACACUGCCUUGCGGAGAACGCUACAAGAUCGUGUUCUUUUGCCUAGACACGGCGUGCGUGAUGAUAUUUACCACCGAGUACCUGCUCCGGCUGUAUGCCGCCCCGGACCGGUGCAAGUUUAUGCGCAGCGUCAUGUCCAUUAUAGACGUUGUAGCCAUACUGCCGUACUACAUCGGACUGGGUGUCACCGAUAACGACGACGUGUCCGGUGCGUUCGUCACACUCAGGGUGUUCCGCGUCUUCCGAAUAUUUAAGUUCUCUAGGCACUCGCAAGGACUCCGCAUACUCGGCUACACGCUCAAGUCGUGCGCCUCCGAGCUAGGGUUUUUGGUGUUCUCACUGGCCAUGGCCAUCAUCAUAUUCGCCACGGUCAUGUUCUACGCCGAGAAGAACGUGGAAGGCACCAAUUUUACGUCCAUACCGGCCGCGUUUUGGUACACCAUCGUCACCAUGACCACUCUCGGGUACGGUGACAUGGUCCCAGAGACUAUAGCUGGAAAAAUCGUCGGUGGAGUAUGUUCGUUGAGCGGAGUGCUGGUGAUAGCUCUUCCAGUUCCUGUAAUCGUUUCCAACUUCAGUCGUAUUUAUCAUCAAAGCCAAAGAGCGGACAAGAGAAAAGCGCAAAGGAUGCACGACCGAGAGGGCUCGCCGGAUUCAGCGGCCGAACCGGUCGCGAGGGAGACGCUGGUGGAAGUGCACGUGAACAGUGCUCAGGCCAUGUCAGUCGGCAUGUCGAGUAACUCUCUGGAGUACAACAGCUGUGACAUGGCGUUAUCGAACAAGGACACUCCCGUGGCGAGUACCAGCGGAUCCGGCGGCGGCGGCGGCUUCGGCGGCUGUGCGAGCAGCGAUGCGGACAACAUCGACGUCGGCGGCGGAAUCGGUUCCGUCCCCAUGGUGAACAUGGCUCCAGCGACCCGCCAACCCAACAUCGGCAAUUCGUCCGUGGUAGUCAACAUACCCGAGUCCUAUCCCAACUCGGACGCCGAGUAUGGCACGGCUUCCUACCCGCCGUCCCCGUCCAUUACGGCUGCCGAUGCCGACAGAUCGGAUGUGCGCAUCACGUUCCUCUAGUGCGUCUAAACGUUUUUUAUUUAUUUAUUUGUUUGUCUUAUAUUUAUUAAUUGUUUCAAUAGACUUAAGUGUAGCGCGUUGUGAAUACCAUUUUAAAUAUAUAUAUUAUUCAAUUACUAUAUACAACCCCCCUUGCCUCCCCGACCGCUACAGUCGCCGGGUAACAUCUAAUACCCGUAUAAUCUGCACGUCGAGAGCGCGUUCAACCAUUUUGCCGCUAUACCCGACCUGUAAUAACAUUACUGAACCGGCCUGCCCGCACAAAUAACAAUAACAAACAAACAUAGUAAUAAUAAUCAAAUUAUAAUAUUGUACGUGUGUUGAGUAAGGAAACGGGCGAUAAAACUCCUUCUUGGAAAACUAAUCCUAGGCGGUAGGGAGCAGAGGAUCUGCACUGUACGAGAAAAGCGAUUCGGCUACGGCACAUUAUUAUUAGUUCUUACUAUUACAAUUACAAUGUUGAAGCAAUGACCGGAUUACUAACCAAAAAAACCCAUUAAAAAACAAACCUAUACUACAUUAAUCAUUAUAAAUUAAGAUGUGUAUAUAUUACGAUAUUACGAUGAUAUAUACAUAUAUAUAUCAUCGUGUCAAAAAAAAAUUGUUUAAAUUUUUCAAAAAAUACAUAGCUUAAAUAUUAUUUGUAAAACAUUUCAUUAUUUCAAUUAUACGAAUUAACUAUAAAAUUAAUAUCGUGAAUAUUCAACUAAGAAAAUGUUAGUAUACUUAACAUCUGCCUAUGAAAAUACAUUCGCAUAGGCAAUUUUAUUUUAAAAAAAAAUGUUUGAAGUUUAUUGUUAUUGUAAUUAUCGUAUGUAAACUAUGUGCACAUUAAAACUCAUAUCAUUUUAAGCCAUUAAACGUGUGAAGUAUUUUUUAUAGAUAAAUGUUAUGUUUUUUUUGGAAAAUGCAUAUUAUAAUAAUAAAAACAAUUACUUACUUAUAUUACGUUGAUUCUUUUAGUCGUAUUGUGUCGGUUGAAAAAAUUUCAUCUCUUUGAUUUUUUAAUUAAUUAAAAAUUGGUCGAUUUUUCAGUAUUUUAGCGAAUUUAUAACAAGUAUUUAUCUUAACUUAUACAAAGUAAAAUUUUUGGUUAAAAAAAUUGUAUUUACUAUUUUUAAGAGUAAUUUCAUUCGAUUGGUCAAUGGAAAACCGGGCAUGGUGCCACAUAAACCAUGUCGCUUCUCUAAUUUAACGCCCUCGGCGUGCAUACCUAAUACAAUAUGUAUGUAUAUAAUUACACUAUUAUUAUGUACAUAAGUUAUUUUAUAGUGUAACACCUGUUAUCGUCAACACUCUGGCAUCAGUUAUUGUCUUAACGUUAUUAUUAUUAUUUAUUAUAACUAAGUAUUAAUAACAGUAGUAAUAAUAACUAUUAUAUACUAUUGGCUGUCCAAUUAUUUUUUUGUAAUUAUAUUACAUUUUUUUUGUUGUUGUUGUUAUUAUUAUUAUUAUUAUUAGGUCCGUAUAAUUGUAAUAAGAUCUUAUAAUAUGCCAAAUAAUAUUUGAUAGUUACCCGCUACAUAGCUAUUAUAUAAUGAGUAAUUUGCAGACGGAUGAAAAAAACAAUACUUGUUAUGUGUUAAUGUGUGUUCCGCUAUUAUGUAUGUUCUUCGAAACAAAUACAAACUAUAGUAAAUAAUAAUAUUCCCCGUGAAACAACUGUAACAAAAUACUUUCCUUGUUUAACCUUACCGAAAAUGAUAACUACAACAAUUUUCUGUCCAUCAGAGACUACAUAAUUUUCAACACUUUCAGACAUAUUACACUUGAAGUAGUACACAUACUUGUGGGUUUUCCGCAGUAAAAAUAUAAUGCUAUAUAUUAUAACUAAAUGAAUAGAGGCAAAUUUUUCACUUUUUAUUCUUUUAUCUAUACAGGACACAUUUUUCAAAAAUCUCAACAACGUUCAACUACUUGCUGAAAACCUACACCUGCUAUCGAUAUUAUUUUUAAAAUAACUAUAAACCUUACCUUCACUAUAAAUUGUAUAUUACCAUGUCUUGUAGUACCGCAUAAUAUACAAAGUUGACAAAAUCGGGUUUUUGGUUUGAUUGUAAUUAUUAACUGCCACGUUUAUGUGCUGUCGUUAAUUUGCAUUAAAUUAAUCCUAGUUAUGUUAUUGUGCAUUAGCAUUUGGGAAAUAUUUUAUCCCAGAGUUAUAUUUAAUGUAAUUAGAUGAAUUUAAUUCAAUAGUUAGUUCCCAUUAAGCGAAUGCUCAUUAACGACUGUAUAUAAACGUCGUAAUUGUAUCAACUAAAGUAAUAGUAAUAAACAAUUUCAUAUUAGAUAUUUAAUUCUUCUAUACGAAUAAUGACACCAAUAUAAUAAUAAUAACAACAACAAAAACACUGAAGAAGUGUUACAAUGAACAAAUUCUAAAUUGUUUUUUUUUUUUACCUAAUUAAGAUAAAGAAUCAUAAUGUACUUGGCCAUAUCUUCUUAUUGUUGUUCAAUUUUGCUGUCGGAGCUAUUUUAAGUAUUUUAGUGCUCGACUGCUGGAACAAUAUUUUUAAUACUAUGUAUAAUUAUUGAUUAAAAUAUAUUUAGCUAUACGAAUUUUGAACUAAAAAAACAUUCAAAUAAUUAAUAGUAAUAACAAAUAUAACAUAAUAUUGUGUAUUAUAAAAAAAAAAAUAUCAUUAUCCACGUGUAUUGUAUUUAAACUUAGUUUUUUUUUUAUUACUCGCGCUAACUCAAUAGUAGAUUUUAAAAUAUUUAAGCACAUAAAUAUACACAAUAUAUAUUUAUUAUAUUUAUAUAUUGAUAAGCGUAACGAUCGCGAAUACUAUUUUAUAAUUUUUACAUACGUACUUCCUUCCUUUCUCUUUUAUUUAACCGAAGACCGUUAGCGUUCGGUUGUGGUCGACAAAUUUAUAAUAAUUUUGAUAAUAAUGUAUAAUAUCAUCACCGAUAGGUAUCGUUUUUCCAAUGAAGAACUUUUAAAAUACAUCUUAUUAUAGUUAAAUUUGUUGUUAUUUUAGAUUCGUAUAUAUAUUUAUUAGAAUGAUAGUACAUAAUAUUUCAUUGCCAUUACAUAAUUUACAAAAGUGUGUUAUAUAAAGUGGACUUCGAAUAAUUGUAUUUAAUAUAUUUAAUAAUAAUGUUAAACAAAAGUACUGUUGAAUAAAACUCUUUAAUUAUUUUUUUUU